AUGGCGUCAUCGUCUCUAGCUCUCAGGAGACUUCUCUCGUCAACCGUCGUCCCGCGAUCCGUCCGUGCCUUUCGUCCGGCGGCUGCUUCUCGACUUUUCAAUACCAACGCCGUUAGAAGCUAUGAAGACGGCGAUGAUGGCGUCGAUCGGAAGCACCGCUCAAAUCGACCGGUUUCUCGCCGCGGCGGCGAUAUCUUCUCAGACAUAUUCGAUCCGUUUACACCGACGAGGAGCUUGAGCCAGGUGCUGAAUUUCAUGGAUCAGUUCGGCGAAAGCCCUCUGGUAUCAGCGACGCGUGGGAUGGGAGCUUCAGGAGUAAGACGAGGCUGGGACGUGAAGGAGAAAGACGAUGCGUUGUGCCUGAGGAUCGAUAUGCCGGGACUGAGCAGAGAGGAUGUGAAGCUGGCUCUGGAACAGAACACGCUUGUGAUCAAAGGAGAAGGGAAAGCAGAGGACGGGGAGGAAGAUGUUUCCGUUUCCGGCGAAGGACGGAAGUUUACAAGCAGGAUAGGAUUGCCGGAGAAAGUGUACAAGACGGAUGAGAUCAAGGCGGAGAUGAAAAACGGCGUGUUGAAAGUGGUGCUUCCUAAGAUGAAAGAGGAAGAGCGUAACAAUGUUCGCCACAUUCAGGUCGAUUAG